AUGCGCGGUCGUCGCAACAGCACUCAAGCUGCUGCUAUUUCCUGCCUAUCGACAGACUUUGAGGUGCAUCGCAAUUGGCUGGCCGUUACACAUUCAUUGCCUGUUAAACAGUGGUACUAUGAAGCUACUUCGGAAUGGACGCUUGAUUAUCCUCCCUUCUUUGCCUAUUUCGAAUGGCUACUGUCGUGGCCAGCGGCAUUAGCCGACCCAGCAAUGGUGAAGAUUGAGAACCUGGGUUACGACUCUUGGGCUACAGUCUACUUCCAGCGAGGCUCUGUGAUUGUGACGGAGAUAUUGCUGGUCUUUGCUUUGCACCAAUACCUCAAGUCAAGUCCUCUAAGCCAUCGUCAUGCCUCUCACGCGACAGUGUUGUCUAUCUUUCUGUCACCAGGCUUCUUGAUCAUUGACCAUAUUCACUUUCAAUACAAUGGCUUCUUGUACGGCAUUCUCAUCUUGUCCAUUGUUCUGGCGCGUAAGCAGUCUACGAUGUUGUAUAGUGGUAUUCUCUUCGCGCUACUGCUAUGUUUCAAACACAUCUACCUAUACCUGGCACCCGCCUAUUUCGUAUACCUGCUUCGAGCAUUCUGUCUGGACACGAAGUCGAUAUUUCGUCCUCGCUACCAAAAUACUAUGCGACUUGGCGCAAGUAUCAUUGGCGUUACUUGCGUCGCAUUCGGACCCUUCUUCUACUGGAAGCAGUUGGGGCAAUUGAAGAGCCGGCUAUUUCCCUUCUCGCGAGGUCUUUGUCACGCCUAUUGGGCGCCAAAUAUCUGGGCCAUCUACUCCUUCGUCGAUCGAGUUCUUAUUGGUAUUGCACCCCGUAUAGGACUUGCAGUGAACGACAAUGCACUACAUAGCGUGACACGAGGACUGGUCGGAGAUACUUACUUUGCCGUUUUGCCUGAGAUCACCAAAGAACACUGUUUUGGCCUGACGCUAGCCUUUCAAUUAAUCACUCUAUUCAAAUUGUGGUUUCAACCGGAUUGGGAAACCUUCGUCGGCGCAAUCACACUUUGCGGCUACGCUUCCUUUCUCUUCGGAUGGCAUGUUCAUGAGAAAGCCAUACUCUUGGUAUUGAUACCUUUUAGUAUGCUGGCACUGAAAGACCGGCGUCAUCUUGGUGCUUUCCGUCCACUGGCUGUUGCUAGUUACUUAUCACUAUUUCCGCUCUUGUAUACCGCCGCAGAAUUUCCCAUCAAAACGGCAUACUCUAUCUGCUGGCUCAUUCUGUUUUUGUAUGUUUUCGAUCGACUGGCACCUGCGGCAGUUCGGCCGCGUGUAUUUCUGCUUGACCGGUUUUCGUUUUUGUAUAUUACCAUUUCGAUACCCUUGAUAGUGUAUUGCUCAUUGCUACAUGGUCUCUUGUUUGGCGACAGUUACGAGUUUCUUCCAUUGAUGUUCACAAGCACCUACUGUGCUCUUGGGGUGCUGGGUAGCUGGUUAGGAUUUAUGGUGGUCUAUUUCACACCGAAAUGA